AUGGCAGAUUUUCCCAUUCGAAAAGUCUCCGAACCACCGACGCUGGGCAAGCGCAAAGACCGUGGAGACGAAGAUGUGAGGCGACGAUUGGGCGGGCCUAUCCACCAAGAACGACAUGUCAAGGUCAUUUGCGUUGGAGCUGGGGCCAGUGGGCUGCUUUUUGCGUACAAGAUACAGCGACACUUCCAGAAUGUCGAGCUGAUUAUAUACGAGAAGAAUCGGGAGGUCAGCGAAGUCAGGCUCCCCAAAAAGGGCACAGUAAGACUAAUGGACUCACAGGUCUCCGGCACUUGGUGGGAAAAUAAAUACCCAGGGUGCGCGUGCGACGUCCCUUCUGUCAGUAUCUCGCACACUGAUUUGGCUUGCAACUGUCUCACUAUUGAUAGCAUAAUUACACCUGGAGCUUCGAGCCCAAGAAAGAUUGGUCUGCAGUAUAUGCUGGGUCUGGUGAGAUCUUUAACUACUUCGAUGACUUUGCGCACAAGUAUGGGCUUCAUCAAUACGUUCGUACAGAUCACAAGGUAACGGGAGCUUUUUGGAAUGACGAAAAUGCUGGUUGGGACAUCUCAGUCAAAGACAUGUCCUCGGGAAAGGAUCUACUCGAUCAAUGUGACAUAAUUGUCAACGCCUCAGGAAUCUUGAACAACUGGAGGUGGCCUGCUAUACCGGGACUUCAUGAAUAUAAAGGCAUACUGCUACAUACUGCUAACUGGGAUGAUAACAUCGACCUGACUGGCAAGCAUGCCGGGCUCAUUGGCAAUGGCUCUUCUGGCAUUCAAGUGCUUCCAACAAUCCAGCCCCAUGUCUCCCACGUCACUACGUUCAUCAGAGAGCCAACUUGGGUCUCACCGGUGCAAGGCUUGGAACAGCACGUCUUCACACCUCAGGAACGCUCCGACUUUACCAACAAGCCGGGUGCCCUGACUGCCUAUCGGAAGAACAUUGAGACCGGCCUGAACGGCCAAUUCGGCCUUUUCCUCAAGAAUAGCACGACGAACAACUCGACUCAAGACUACAUGGUCCAGCAAAUGAAGGAAAAGCUACAGGACGAGAGUCUCGCCGCAAAGCUCAUACCAGAAUGGGCCGUCGGUUGUCGCCGUCUUACGCCGGGAGUAGGCUAUCUUGAAUCACUCACAAAACCCAACGUCACGACCAUAUACGGCGAGAUUGAGCGUAUCACAGAACGCGGCUGUGUCUGCGACGAUGGCAAAGAAUACCCUAUCGACGUUCUCAUCUGCGCUACGGGCUUCGACACGACUUUCAAACCACGCUUCCCUCUCAUCGCACCCAGUGGCAAGAACCUCCAAGACGAAUGGGCGAAAGAACCAAAAUCCUACCUGGGCAUCGCAGCCGCCGAGUUCCCUAACUACCUCAUCUUUCUAGGUCCAAAUUGUCCCAUAGGUCAGCAGAACCUGUCACAUCUUUUCACAGCUCGCUGAUCUCGAAGCAUACAGGCAACGGACCCGUCCUCUCAGCAAUAGAGCUCCAAGCAGAUUACAUGUGCACACUGAUCGACCACUACCAAACGCACAACAUCAAAACUUUCAGCCCGAAGGCGGAAGCAGUGGACGAUUUCAUCAAGCAUAAAGACGAAUUCAUGAAACGCACCGUGUGGGCGGAUCCCUGUCGGAGUUGGUAUAAGAGCGGUCUGGUCGAUGGACCCAUCACAGCGCUGUGGCCGGGUAGUACGUUGCAUUAUAUCGAAGCUCUGCAGAAUGUGAGGUUCGAGGAUUUUGAGGUCGAAUAUCAUGGGAAUAGGUUUGCGUGGUUGGGGAAUGGAUUUAGUCAGACGGAGUUGGAUGUAAGUGCACCUGUCGCUCUUUGGUCCUCGCAAAUGUGGGAUAUACUGAUGAGUGAUUUGUAGGAGACUGCCGAUUGGGCCUACUAUAUCCGUGAAGAGGACGAUGGGGAAUGGUUGAGUCGAAGGAAGAGGAGGCAAGUUCUGACGAAGAGCGGGACCAUCACCAGGACGGAUACAGGUGUAAACUUUUCUGGCACGAAGGCCGAGUCGAAGCUCUGA